AUGAUUCAUAUUUAAUCUAUAUGAAUCCAAUGUAUAUAUAAAAUGCACUCUUCUUUAAAACAGGCUUGAUUUUAUACCUAGUUUCCCCCACCUGACCCUAUGUGGACAAAUAAGGCAUACUAAAAAUAGAAAAAUAAGCUAAGUAAACAGGAAGAUCAGUGUAGAUAUGUCACAUGGGAAUUCAUGUCACAUUCAAAUACUUCCUCAAAGUGACAACGAUGGCAUUAAACUGAUUCGCUAUAUGGAUCACAUAUUUAAAUUUACGAUAAAAAUGAACGAUGUAUCGUACAAACUUUUGCGGGAACAUGGUGAACAUAAAAUUCAGUGGGAGUUCGAGCAAGCUAUUCUUCAUGCACUACAUAAAGCUACAACAGAUCUAAAUGAAAUUGAAGAAAUCAUGGUUCAUACCGAAUCUUUAACUGUAAAAUUCAAUUUACAUCCUUGGAAACUUAGCCACAAGAUAUGCUUUGAAGGAGUUGAUAAUCUAAUAUAUUGCUGCGGUAAAUAUCAGUUUCUUGUUUCGUUCCUGGAAAGAAAUAAAGUAGCAAAAGAAAUUCCCGCAGCGGAGUAUCAGCAAAGAAUGACUAACUUCAAUGAGAUCAGAAGUAUCGAGGCUGAUGAAAAUAGUUACAAUGCUUCUUCGAUCAGAGAUGCAAUAUUUAAGGAAGACGAAGUUUUGAAGAGAUAUGAAAAUUAUAACAGCGGAGAAGAUAUGCAGCAAAACAAGGCAGAUGAUAUGGAAUUACGAAGCCCACAUAAAAAACUGAAAACCUCACAUGGGAUUUUUUAUCGUAUUUUCAAAUUCAUCUGGAGAUUUUGAAUUGAAUCCGGCGUUUUGUGAAAAG